AUGUCUACAACGUCCACCCAACAGCAGGUCCUGCUCCCUGGCCAGCAAAUAUCCGUCCGUGCACCAGCACCCCAGCUGGGAACAGGUACUUAUUCAAGAGAUGCUCAAAUAAGAGCCAGUCUGCUCGGAGCCCCCAAGCUCCAAGGCUCUACUCUCACAAUACCCCAAGUUCGGCCCCAUCCCCCCGCUCCAAAUUCCGUGGUCCUGGGCUCAGUAACCCGUCUCUCGCCGUUACAAGCAUUCUUAUCCAUAACCGUCGUCGAUGGCAUCCCACUGCCUGCAGGAGAGGAAUUUACAGGCGUAAUUCGGUCGCAAGAUGUCCGAGCCACAGAAAAAGAUAGAGUUAAAAUCGGCGAUUGCUUCCGAGGCGGCGACGUCGUUCGCGGCGUGGUGAUAUCGCUCGGUGACGCCCGCAGCUACUUUAUCACCACCGCGCGCAACGAUCUGGGCGUCAUUUAUGCGACUAGUGAAGCAGGCAAGUCCAGGUCUCACCUAACAAUAAGAUUAGUCUCUGAUCUCGCUACAGGAGCGACCCUUGAGCCUGUUUCUUGGCAGGAAAUGCGUUGUCCAAAGACGGGAAAAAUAGAAAAGCGCAAGUGUGCAAAGCCGGAGAAUAUGUAG